AUGGCAUCGACAGCACGAGUCUUCUCAAAACAAGAUAUCUUUGACAACCUCGCAAUGACCUGGAUGAUAGUUGACAAGGCUGAAAAUGAGGUGCCAAAACAAGGCAUCUGCAGCGGCCGGCUGGUUCGUCUACUACUCACAGAUCCAAUCGCGAGAAGGAAACCUUUCAGCAGUCUCUAUCAACGGCUACGAUCGCCCGGUGCUUGUGGUGUCCUCACUCUUGGUUGCUCCGGCAGUACUAUCAUCAUCGCCAUCCACAUUAGAUUUUCACUCAAGCUUUUCGGCGAUGAGCAUUUUGGUUUCUCCACCCCGCCCUUCCCCCAGCCGAAUACCGUGAUCUACUUCAGACCUCAUAACCAUGCAUGGUAUGAACAAGUCAAGGUAUUGAAAAGAUCGUCAUUCCGCGUUAGAGAUGUUAAGCUUCUCCAAUGGGACUCGACGUCUGUUCAAACCCUCCCCCUUGUUGCCAUCUCCAUCAAAAGCUGUGCCACAGCAUUCGCGACCAUCGGUAGUGAACACAUCGGUAAUCGCUCAGCGUCCGCCGGCUCGUUGAUGAGGACCAACGAAUACAUGGGAGGCAUCGAUGGACUAAGCCCACUGAAGAUCACUAGGAUUUACCUUGUUAUCCAUCAGCUUGCUAGCAUGGCGUUGCUACCUUUACUGAACGUACAUGAUGAGAAGCUCGUGAGCACUUUGUCCUUAGUCGCCUUGUCUAGCAUGAUGGCCUUAACUGAAUCAAAGGAGCGUUCUAGAGGGGUUGGUCGUUUAACAACCCCGGUUGAAAUCUUCAGCCCCAUCCUCCACUUCCUUACUAAGGUAAACAAGGUACUCAGUAUAAGCAGCUAUGGCUCUUUCCCAACGCGAUGGGGAAUGCCUCUUGCCAUCGAUGUUUCCCCAACCAGCAAGGCGAACCCGAGUUCUCCAACAAGGUCAAUAAAACAAGCCUCCCAGCAGACAAGCCCUGCCACGGUCCAUCAGGCCAUUUUGAUCGAGACACAUCCAAGGUCUACACAAACGCCCCAAGCUAUUCUAGGCCUCGUAAACAUGCCCGUCACCCCCUCAUAG